AUGAUUGCUGUGAAUCUGAGUGCAGUGAGUGAAUUCCAGCUGCUGGGCUUUUCUGAAGUCUCUCACCUGCAUCCUCUGCUCUUUGUAGUUUUCUUUUCUCUUUACAUCCUCACCCUGAUGGCUAACAUAGUGAUUGCUCUGAUAAUAAAUGGUGAUAACACCCUUCACACCCCCAUGUAUUUCUUCCUAACUCAGCUGUCCUGUUUGGAUAUCUGCUAUUUGUCAGUCAUUGUCCCCAAAAUUCUUGAGAAUCUAGUGGUGGGAACAGUCAGCAUUUCUAAGGCAGGAAGUGCACUGCAAAUGUUUUUUUUCCUUUUCUUUGGGGUUGCAGAGUGUUUCCUCUUGGCUGCCAUGUCAUUGGACCGUUAUGUGGCCAUAUGCUACCCCCUGCAUUACACUGUCACCAUGAACAACAGAGUCUGCAAAAGCCUGGUUGCUGGAGCUUACAUUUGUGGGUCUGCUGUAGGCUUAGUGCACACCAGCAUAACAUUCAGCUUACCCUUCUGUGGUCUUGCCAUCAGCCACUUCUUCUGUGAGAUUCAGCCCCUCUUGGAGCUGCUUUGUGGUAACACUUCCCCAAGUGAAAUCCAAGUCAUUGUGGUGGCUGUCUUUGCUAUUGUGGGUCCCUUCUUAGUCAUCAUCUAUUCAUACACCUGCAUCAUUUCCAUGAUUAUUAAGAUGUCAUCAGCUGAAAGCCAGCAGAAGGCCUUUUCCACUUGCUCCUCACACCUUUUAGUUGUAACUAUUUUCUAUGGCACAGCAAGCUCCAUGUAUUUGAGACCAAAGUCCAGCUACUCUGCGUCUGGUGAUAAGCUGCUCUCACUUUCAUACACUGUGGUGACUCCUUUACUGAAUCCUAUUAUCUACAGUCCGAGGAAUGAGGAGGUGAAAAGAGCUUUGAGGAAAAGAUGGAGGAAAAUUAAUUCUGUGUGGAAAUGA